AUGGGAUUUGAUUUAACACAACUGGGCUACUGUUCGAUCAGUCAAGCACAGCAAACAAAUUUCGCAUCAUUGCCACCUGUCCGAUGUGCGGAAAACGUUCAGCAACUUGAUAGUGCGCCAAUUUCCAAGCGUAUACCAAAUUGUCAAAAAUGUGGACAGCAUGGAAGGAAAUCGCGACUGAAAGGACACAAGCGCAUCUGUCCAUAUCGUGAUUGUAAUUGCGCAAAGUGUCAAGUGGUAAGCGAAAGACAAAAAUUGAUGGCAGAUCAAAUAAAAAUACGACGACGGCAGCGGAAAGAUACACUGCUAAAUAUAACACGAGAAAAUAUCACAGCAACUUUAAAUGCUGCCGCAGCAGUAGCCGCAUCCGGUCCGCUACCUUAUUUCCACAAUUUCAAUGCACUUCUAUAUAAACAACUUCAGCAGAAUAUGCGGCAUCCAGCAGUAUCAUUUCUGCCAGGUCAGCCUCCAUCUACAGAAAAUAUGUUGGAAACUGGUUCCUUUAACAAUACUUCUGGUACUUUGACCAGUUAUCUUGCUGGUUCUGCAGCUGCUAAUUCAUUGAAACUUGGUCAAUCAUCACAGCAACGACCCUCACCAUCCGCAUUACCUCAUUUGCAGUUUCUUUUUCAACCACAAGUGACCACUCCAACCACCACAACAACCAGUACGGCAGCGGAAAGUGAUCUCCCUGCACUUUCCGUUACACCGCCAUGUACACAUUCUGAUGGUAAUACAAAUACCAUCGUUACAACCAAUCCACCGAUAGCAGUUCCAGUACCCAUUAAUCCAACAUCAGUUACGGGGAUCGCUCCAAACCUUACGGCGCAAAGUGCUCUAUCCAGAACACUGCAGCAGCAACAACAACAACAACAACAACAGCAACAACAACAACAACAGCAGCAACAACAACAACAGCAGCAACAACAACAACAACAACGACAGCAACAAACCGAUCUGACUCAAGUAGCCAUAAGUCAAGCGUUAGCAAAUAAUCAAAUUCCAACUUUUCUGGAGAACGAUCAAUUGUUCCAAACACUCUUGAACAAUAUGCGACAGUUAGAGUGGAAAAUUCCCAUGGAAGUUACACCAACGGCUAUUGUUCCGGAAAGCAGUAAUAAAGCGGAAACAAGUCAUAUGUCAAGCAUAUUUGUCGAUGUUUGCAGUAUGUAG